AUGGCUCUCCAAACGAUGAAGCGUUAUAUCCUUUCCCAUCGUGAAGGUAUAGAUGGUCUGAAGCUGCAGACUGACGUUCCAGUACCGGAACUCCGUAGCCCUACCGACAUACGAAUCAACAUCAAGUACCUAUCGCUGAACGCUAGGGACUUACAGAUAGUCAACAAUGAUUAUCCUGCCCCCCAUGAUGUACCACAGGAUUGCGUCCCUGUCUCCGAUGGGUGCGGCGUUGUAGAGGCUGUAGGUAGCGAAGUGACGUUGUUCAAGGUCGGGGAUAAAGUUGCACCAGUGUUCCCUCAAGGACAUCAUUAUGAAGAAGACCUUGCAUUGCGGUCUCUGAAGCGAGGUUUGGGAGGUGCGAUCGACGGUGUAGCUGCUGAAUACUUUGUCUGUGAUCAAGAAGAAGCAGUACACAUACCAUCCAAUUUCGAUUGCCUUCAGGGUUCUACCCUACCUGUCGGUUUUACCACUGCUUGGUCAAGUCUGUACUCUCAUCAUCCCACUCUGCAAGCCGGGCAGACUGUACUAUGCUUGGGAACGGGUGGAGUGUCAUUGUGUGCAGCACAAAUCGCUCUGUCUGCUGGGGCAAGGGUCAUUCUCACUUCUUCAUCCCAAUCCAAGCUCGACAAAGUGACCAAACUCUUGCGCGACCUGGUCCCGGACUCAGCUCCCAAUAAUGCUAUCCAAACCAUCGAUUAUUCCAAAAUUGACGCAUGGGAUGUGGAAGCUCGUAGAUUGAAUGGAGGCAGGGGUGUAGACUUCGUCAUUGAGAUAGCGGGCAGAGCUACACUCGCAAGGAGUAUCAGGAGUACUAAGCAAGGAGGUUUGGUAGCUAUUUCGGGUUACAUGAGUGAUUACAAGCCUAUCCCUGAUCAUCUAAUACAAGAAGAUAUCGCCAAAGUUAUUCUCUAUUCAGCUGCGAACGUAAGAGGUGUCUUCGUUUGCAAUAGAGAGGAUUUCAAGACUGCUGUUUCGGCACUAGAACUGGGUGGUGUCAAGCCAAUAAUCGACAAGGUGUUCAAGUUUGACGACUUGAAAGAUGCGUAUCGGUACAUGGAGGAAGGCAGGCACAUAGGGAAAGUUUGCAUUGAGCUCUAG